AAUGGAGGAUGAUGAACUUCCGUCAGCGGAUGGGUUGGGUGGGCAUGGCUCUCUAUUUGCUGCUCAGCAUUAUGGCCGUAUACUACGUCUUUGAGAUCCACAGCUUCAGUUUGGAGCACGUGCAGAGAGGUGGGGCUGGCCCCUCGGCUCCACCCCUCGCCAUCAGCUGGUCUCAGCGGGUUAGUGCUCACCUGCCACCACUUCCUGUCUGGAUAUGGGCGUCGGUUUUCCUGCUGCCGUACCUGCAGCUCUUCCUCUUCCUGUUCUCCUUCACGAGAGCCGACCCUCGAGCAGUCGGUUAUUGUGUCCUUCCUGUCUGCCUCGCCCUGCUCUGCAGCCGGCAAGCCACCCGCAAACCGGCCAAUCAGAGAGGCCCGCCGCUAAUCGACACGUAGAGGACGUCCAAUCAGAGAGGCCCCCGUUCAGACAAUAGACUGAACUGUUUGUGUUGUAUGUGAUGUCACUUCCUGUGUGCCUUUGAACCCUCUGCUCUGUCAGUCAGGAGCUGACAACCAGACUGCCCUGAAUUUAUCUUUCAGAACCAACACUACUGAGCCUCGACUGUCGGGAUCAGUCUGCAGCUGUCAAUCAUUCUCUCAGAGUGUGUGGUCAGAUCAGCAGGUACCUGUUUAAUAUUUAGACCCGACGGCUACUGGCCAAUCAUAGCCCUUUGUUGUACUUAAUGAGUCACAUGACACAAACUUUAUAACGAUGUCAAUAAAAUGGAAAACAACAACAAUGUGAAGUUUUU